AUGCCUUCCAAUGCAACUACAAAUGCAAUAUUGAGCUUAAAAAACAAUCCAUUUUUUCAUGAUAAACGUAAAUGGGAUGAAUCUUUUACUGCCGCCGAAAAAAAAGAGCUGACGGGAAACAUUGUCAAAGCUGCAAAGGACAAUGACGGAGAAACAUAUGUUACAUUACAAGAAGAGGAAUAUACUCUAUCAAAUUUGUCACAUGAGGAAGAUGAGAGUCAAGAAAGCGAUGAUGUGGAUUCCACUAUCAGUAAAAAACCAGGAAGAAAACCCAUGGCGGAUGAAGAGCCUCUUUCCGAUUCUGAUCAGGAUCCAAAAGUGAAACGCAAAGCACAAAAUCGUGCAGCGCAACGAGCUUUUCGAGAAAGAAAAGAGCGCUAUGUGAAAGAGCUAGAAUCCAAGUUGAAACAAGUCCAAGACUCACAUAUAGCUUCAGCAUCACAACUUGUACGAGAAAACCACUUGUUACGAUCCAUUAUUUAUAGACUUGAAUCCGAAAACUAUGCUUUAAAAGGUUCUCCCAUGCAACCAUAUCAAUACCAAACUACAUUGCCUCAGCAUUCUCCAUCACAUCCACCUCCAUCGCCUUCACCAUCACAGACCUCUCAGGAACAACGUCACAAUGGUUCAUAUCCAACCAUUGCACCUUUGUUACCUCAGCAACCACUUUUACCUGCUUACCUGUCAUCAUCCACAUCAAUUUCAAAUCACCAUUCCGCCAACCCUAUGAUGAUGUUAGCCUCUAGUCCUUUACAACAGUAUCCCAUGUCGCCGAAGACACAUACUGUUCAUCCUUCUCCUCCUCCACCACCACCACCUACCGUAAAUAAUCAACCCUUAGAAUAUACAUUUUCGAUUAGCACACCAGCAUCACUUCGACCUAGU